AUGGAGAACAAAGACGCGCUGCUCCAGCGGCUGACGCUCCACGAGAAGCUCACGUACUUCUACUGCCAAUACGUCCACGAAGAGGCCGUCGAUCCGGACGUCGACGGCGAUGCCGUGCGGUUGUGGGAGAAAGUCGUGUCGUCCCGCCGCAAGUCCCGUGAGCGCGUGUGCGUUUUGCUGAACCAGAUGGAAAACACGUCGGCAGUUAACGUGCGCACACUGGACAAAAGCUACCGCGCCAAGCGCGAGCUCCUGCUCAUAUCCGAGGGAACAAUACGUACGACGUCCUGCGCUUCGUCUGGACGUGGAGGUGCUCUGGCGCAAGUGGACGUCGCUCGAGCAAACAACGAGCUAUUGCAGGAGUGCGGCGCCCUCUCGGUCUUUACUGAGAGGCUACAGCGCUCGAUCCACGCUUUUCGUGGACUGAAUUUCCAGCACUUGGAUCUGGACCAAGUUGACACGCUGAUCAAAGACUUGCAGGACGAUAUGGUGCUCGUGUAUCUACUGGUCGUGUUUAACUCGCACAAGAGAAACGCAGUGUUUGACCGCCAGCUCAUGAUGUUUGCGAUCAUGGAUCCGUCGUCCUCGCUGGUGUCGAUUCUCGACUGUCUGAGUCAGCUGAAUGUGCUCCCUGGCUUUCCGAUCAAGCGACUGCUGUUACUGUUCUAUGAGCUGUUCUCGGUCGUCAUGGGUAGCUUUGAUGAACUACAUGCACUUAAGCGACUGCGUCGCGAACGGAGUGACAUCGAUGUAUCGAUUCUGAAGGACGACGCAGAAGGCGUGUUGCAUUGCAAGACGUCCAAGCCUUAUGUCGACACGAUCCAGCUGGAUACACAGGACCCGUACUACUUGCAAAAGAAGAGGUUUGCAAAAAAGCGGAAAGACAUUCACAACAAGUACUUGCAUCGAGCCAACUAUGAGCUGAAAAGUCAGCAGUCAAGUGACGCUGAUUUGGCGACGAAGCCGUUGGACACGCUCGAUGACGAAUGGGAAGAGCGUGUGGAAAACUUGUACCAGCUUCUUUUGCCCUGCAUGCGCGAGUACACGACGUUUCUGGGAAACCUCGUGACGCUAUCAUGUGGCAGUGCACUGAAUGCGCGCGACAAGAAUACGUUUUACUCACGACGGCCAUCGACAGGUGACCAGUACAGCAUAGCUGACUUUUCUGCUCCAGGCAGCGAGAAUAGCAACGACAAUCAAUUCUGGAAGUGGAUUCUCCGCGAGAAAGCAAUUGUACUGGAUGUGUCCAACCUGAUCAUUUUGCUCAUCUACAAGCACUUCCGUGCCAGUCAUGCGUGCAAGGCGGAAUACUUUAUGCAGUUUUUCUUGGAGGCCAAUGUACUGGCGACACUGACUAAAUUCAUGAACAAAGAUGUUGGCACGUAUCUUCAAGUUUCUCGUCAAGAAUCGGACGAACUAAAGACAGGGUUCUAUGCACUUGAGAAAGAGCUGGACAAGCACACUAUCCGUUUCGAGGAAGACAUGAACGAGUACGCUAUUCAGCCGACACGGACGAUUACGAGCAUAUUGAGGAUUUUGCAGAAGCUGACGAAGCGAAAACCCAACAUCAUAAAGAACGCCUUGUGUCGAGGACAGACAAUUGUCUGGUUGAAGCGUGUGGUGUCUCUGCAGAUUCCAUUGCCACGCCUGUAUGCCCUGAAAUUGGUGAAAUCGCAGGCAAAAUACCUAGGCCAUCAGUGGGUAAAGAAGUACACAUGCUUCAGCAUGCUGACAGAUGUGUAUCUGCACGUGCGACCGCAAUUGGAUGACGACUGGUUGCACUACGAGGAUGAGGAUUUGAACAAGCCUCCGUUGCAGGAUUCGGUGGAAAGGAUUGUCUUUGGUGAGAUGCAAGCGUACCACCACAAACACUACUUUGAUUCUCUAUUCGGCGGCGGCAAGUUGCUCUCCAGCGGAGCUUCGUUGAUUUGCGAGAAUUACAAGGAGCUCAGAUCCGACUCGUUCGUCCCAGAUGGUGGACGCUUGGCGAAAAUGUACAUCGGUAUCAAGCUCGACCCAGUCAACUUUUGCAAGCAGUACGAGAAGUGGCUUGAUACCGAGUGCCUGACCCGUGAUUUGAAUGCGGAUGCGGCACCGCUUCCCAUUUCGUUUCAGUGA